AUGAAGCUAAAGGAUAGGAUUUCUGUGGUCCAUUCAGGUAGCUUGAGCUGGAUUUUCUUCCAAAGACAGGCCAUUGAGCUGGCAUCCAGCUCACCAUCACAAAGCACCUUUCCAUACAGCUCCGAUUUACUCAACAUCCAGCUCAUAUCCAGCUCAACCUUACUCAGUACCCUUCCAUACAGCUCCGAUUUACUCAACAUCCAGCUCAACCUUACUCAGUACCCUUCCAUACAGCUCCGAUUUAUUCAACAUCCAGCUCACAUCCAGCUCAACCUUACUCAGUACCCUUCCAUACAGCUCAGAUUUACUCAACAUCCAGCUCAACCUCACUCAGUACCCUUCCAUACAGCUCAGAUUUACUCAACAUCCAGCUCAACCUCACUCAGUACCCUUCCAUACAGCUCCGAUGUAUUCAACAUCCAGCUCACAUCCAGCUCAACCUUACUCAGUACCCUUCCAUACAGCUCCGAUUUAUUCAACAUCCAGCUCACAUCCAGCUCAACCUUACUCAGUACCCUUCCAUACAGCUCCGAUUUAUUCAACAUCCAGCUCACAUCCAGCUCAACCUUACUCAGUACCCUUCCAUACAGCUCAGAUUUACUCAACAUCCAGCUCAACCUCACUCAGUACCCUUCCAUACAGCUCCGAUGUAUUCAACAUCCAGCUCACAUCCAGCUCAACCUCACUCAAUGCCCGUCCGUCCUGCUCAACAUCCACCCUCCCUAGCAAUGACAUCCAGGUGAAACUACUUGACAUACUUGACCGUUUUUUUGGAAUACAGUGACGUCGUCCUUUUCAGAGCUUCAUGCAUUUGGAUAGAGAAAGUGCAGAAAGAUACCGGGAGGGGAGGGUUUUGCUGACAGAGCAGUAGGCUGAUUCAAACUUACACUGCAGCAGGACAUAUGCAGUGGAGACAGUGGCCCAUACCACUAGACUACAAUAGACCAUUCUGUGGAUUCUUAAAUAAAAUGAAUAAAGUUAAGCGA